CGGCGUGCCCCGUGCGCAGGCGCGGCUGCCGGCGGCGAUGGGCGGGCGGGUGACCCGCGUGUUCCGGAAUUUUAACGUGGAGAACAGGGCCAGCCGCGAGAUCAGCAAGGAGAAGCCCACACCCGCACCGCGGCACCGCACCGCCCGGCUCGACGCCAUGGCCGAUAGCCCAGAGAUAAAAGAAGAAGUUCUCAGAAAGGACGAUAGGUUUCUUAGCUUGCUUAAAGAUGUUUAUGUCGAGUCCACAGAUCCACCAGUGCGGGUAAAAAACAGAGAUGGUGAACAUCUUCCAAGUAAACAGAAGGAAAAGAGACUUACAAAAUUAGGCCACUUGGAAGCUCUAGAUGUUAAGAAAGUUUCCAAAGGCAAAAUUUCCCUUGUGGAGGCUCUGACACUUCUUAAUAAUCAUAAACUUCAACCUCAAAUAUGGACUGCAGAGAAAAUAGCAGCAGAAUACAGUCUGGAACUGAAGGAGGUCAACUCUCUUCUGGAAUUCUUCAUUCCUUUCACUGUGCAUGAAUUUCGUAAAGAAACCAAAAAAGCCAUAACAAGCCAUAAACCAAAAAUGUUAACAUAAAAAUACUUGCCAAAACCUUUUGUGAUCUCACUUGUGUCUUCAUUUUACUCUCAAGUAUAUUCCAUGUCUGAAAACUCUGUCAUACAGCAAGGCUCCUUCCUUAUGCCAAUGAGAUGUAUUCAAGCAAUUCCAUUGUACAUUGGAUGGCUUCAGUGAAAUGCAGAAACUACAGUUUUUAAACCAGAAUAUGACUAAUUCGUGGUAUGACAGCAUGUCACAUGGUUCUGAUUAUCCCAUUCAAAUGUUACGAGUUCAGUUAAAGCAUUUUACCUUAAAAGAUUGCCUUCCUCAGCAGAGAAUUCCUGGCACAGCUGAAGAGGUGCUCUGUGGCUUUUGGCACUGUCAUUUCAUGUUGUACAGUUCUUUCAAGAACCUCUCUGUCAAGGUGUGUGUAUAUAACAGACAGCUGUAUUUCUUUUGUAUAAGAAUGGAAUGGUAUUUAUCCUUUGUAAAGGAGGUUAACCACAAGGGCAUUUGGAAAAUUCAGCUGUGUCAAACAUACAAUAAAAAGAAGGUGAACAGCAAGAA